AUUUUUGGCAACAUUGUUUUAAUGAAAGCGUCUCUCAUCUCCCGGAAUAAUAAACCGUCUGCUUACUACUUGAUUGAAAGCAAUAAAUAAAAAACAGGCCAACUAUUAAAAUUUUUUACAUUGUUUAAAAUUGUUUCAUAAAACUUCAAAGUAUGGCUAUGCGAACGUUUGGGGAAAAACCUAUAGCAUUUCAAUUAGAAGAAAAUGGAGAGUAUUAUUACAUCGGAUCAGAAGUUGGAAAUUACUUGCGUAUGUUUAGAGGCUCAUUGUAUAAGCGAUAUCCUUCUUUAUGGCGUCGCUUAGUCACUGUUGAUGAAAGAAGAAAAAUUGCAUCUCUUGGUUUACAGGCAAGAACAAUGGGAAUUGAUGCGAAAAACAGACUACUUAAGAAAGCUGGAACAACUAACCUUGAUGACCCUAAUUUAUCAACAGAUGUCAAAGGGUUGGGACCACACAGUCUUGCUACCAAUAUUACUUUACUUCGGGCAACAGAGGUAGAUGAAAUUUUUGAUGGAAAAGAUGAAAAGUAUCGUGCAGUUUCUAUCAGUACUGAGCCACCUGCAUCACGGGAAACUAAAGCUAAGAGAAAUACUUGGAUGCCCACAGUUCCAAAUAGUUCUCAUCAUUUAGAUGCUGUACCAUGUUCUACUCCUGUAAACAGAAAUAGAAUAAGUCACAAGAAAGUUAGAACUUUCCCAUUACUGUAUGAUGAUCUAGAACCUGCAGUAAUUCAUGAAAAUGCCACACAAAUGGAAGUUCUUGUUCCAGUUCGUUUAGAUAUGGAAAUAGAAGGUCACAAACUGCGUGAUACUUUUACAUGGAAUAAAAAUGAAUCUUUAAUAACUCCUGAGCAAUUUGCAGAAGCUCUUUGUGAUGAUUUAGACUUACCACCAUUGUCUUUUGUGCCAGCUAUUGCGCAAUCCAUAAGACAACAAAUCGAUGCAUUUCCCACAGAUAAUCUUCUUGAUGAACAAGCAGAUCAGAGGGUUAUUCUAAAGCUGAACAUACAUGUAGGAAAUAUUUCUUUGGUUGAUCAGUUUGAAUGGGAUAUGUCUGAAAAAGAAAACAGUCCUGAAGUGUUUGCAAAUAAGUUAUGUUCUGAGUUAGGACUUGGUGGAGAAUUUUGUACAGCUAUUGCAUACAGUAUUAGGGGUCAGUUGUCUUGGCAUCAAAGAACCUAUGCAUUUAGUGAAGCUCCUUUACCCACUGUUGACAUUCCUUAUCGAAAUCAGUCAGAAGCUGAUCAAUGGUGUCCAUUCUUAGAAACUCUUACUGAUGCAGAAAUGGAGAAAAAGAUCAGAGAUCAAGACAGAAAUACAAGGAGGAUGAGGCGUUUAGCAAACACUGCACCAGCCUGGUAAAAAAGGAAUUCACCCUCAUCAUCAUUUGAAGAUUGUUUUUAAGGACUGUACAUUUAUCAUUUUAAAUAUUACAUUAUAAGGAAACGUUUUGAAGAAAGUAUAACAUUUGGAACUGCUUGUGUAGUAUUGCAUUUCGUCAAAUAUGUGUGGUUAUUGUUUCUUUAUAUUUAAUCCAUAGUUACAGAUUUUUAAUUAUUGAAAAUUGCACUGGUAUACGUAUAACAUCUUCUCCGAAAGUAAUAAGUUAUCAAAUAUUGAUAUAAUUUGUAAAUAUUUGUUAUUAAAGCAAAUAAAUACGCUAAAUACUUAA